ACAUCUCUCAUAUGUCAUGGUUGACUUUGACAUUUGUCUAAAAGAAAAAUCCAGAUUUAGUUAUUGACGACUAAAUUACAACUUUUCCACACUUUUCUGUUGUAAAUUCAGCAAAAAUGGCACUCCGGGCUACUGCAGUUCGUUUAAGCAGCAUGAAACAAUGGGCUUAUAAGUUGUCAGGAUUUAACAAAUAUGGCCUAAUGCGCGACGACUGCCUGUAUGAAAACGAAGAUGUGCAGGAGGCCCUGCGCCGCAUUCCCGCGCACGUGGUGGACGAGCGCAACUUCCGCAUCGUCCGCGCCAUGCAGCUCUCGCUGCAGAAGACCAUCCUGCCCAAGGAGGAGUGGACCAAGCUGGAGGAGGACGUGCUGUACCUCACCCCCGUCGUCAAGCAGGUCGAGAAAGAGCGCAAGGAGAGGGAGGCAUGGGAAGCCAACUAUUAAUGUAGCAUGUUGUUUAAUAAUUUAAUUUAAAUAAACUUAGGUAAUUGUA